CUUGCGCCCACCUGUCCCUUCUCCCACCAAGUCCAUCAUCUGCGGCCCCGCUAAGAGGGCAGUCUGGGUCGUCACUACCGACCUGAGUUUUCACUUAUUAUUACGUCUGUUCUUUCUUGACCAUCGUGCUCUCUCUCUAAUCUCCACCAUCCAUCUGCGACCAGCCACUCAUCAUCCUUUCUCAGUCUUCACCUUCUUCUCGACCCCGUCCAAGCGAUCCUCACGACGCAGCCUCGCUCGUGUGGCUCGCUCGCAACCUUCGAUAGAACACCAGAGACCGAGUGCGAGGCGACGAUGUCGUUGGUCGAAACCUGCUCAGCCACGGGCUGCGCCGGGCGCCUAGAGCUCGGUCACGACUACUACAUCCCGUUGGAUCCGUGGCAGCUGCGGAAAGAGAUUGAGGCAUAUCGAUGGUCGCUGCUCGCGGUCUUCGGCGUCUUUGCGUGGGAGAUCAUCGUCACGUUUCCUGAGGAGUGGUCGCGCUGGAAGCAGAUCUUCCGCCGCGAGAUGGUGCCCAUCAACGCCUGUGUGCUCACCGCGCGUUGGGCCGCUUGGGGAGGCGUUGCGGCGGUCACGAUGUAUGCCUUCAGCGAGUCGCCAAGGACGAGCUGCCAGGCUACGCUCACACUCAUCAUGUUCUUUGUCGCCCUCAACUCGAUUGCUCUAUCACUUAUCCAACACAUCCGCGUGACCGCGCUGCAUGUGCGCAACCUCCGCGCGCGUCGCCUCGUUACCGCGCUCGUCGUGCUCAAUGCCUGCGCGUGGAUCGCAUCCAUUGCUGGCUUCCGCGCUGGGCCGACGAACCCAAAGGUCGCCCAGCCGGGCUUCCCCGGCUGCUCCCCGCUGCCGUCGCCCCGCUGGCGCUCGCUCGGAUGGGGCGUCAGCAUGGUCGUCGACGUCGUCAUCCUCCUGCUCACCCUCGCGGGCACCGGCGCGAUUCAGAAGAACAUCCGCCACGCCACCGGCGGCAAACAUGUCAUCAACCUCCUGCAAGGCUCCGCUUGGAUCAACUUCCUUGUCACCUUUACCGGCAACGCUGCCUGCUUUUUCACCACCGUCUUUAGCGGGAACCUGAUUCUCUCCAACAUCCCCAUCGCCAUCUCGACCCUGUUCAACACGAUCAUCGCCGCACGCGUGGUGUUCCACAGCAUCUCGUGGAACGAGGGCAGCGACAUUCUGCUCGUCGGGCCGCACUCGCGACGCCCAGACGACUAUGGCCCCAGCGGGCUUGUGCGUGGGUCUGGCAGCGCCGGCGCCGACCAUAGCAUUGGAGGCGGUGACGGCGGCCUCACUAACGGGGGGCUAUCGCCACGCUUUGCUGCGGUGCUGGAGAAAGCCGGCGAUGACAGCAUAGCGCGGCGGGGGAGCGAAAAGCUGAGCAGCGGGUUCCGGUUCAGCAACCCGCGUGCUAUCUUCUCGACCAGCAAGAGCGGCCCGCCGAACUCGCUCGAAGACAAGGAAUACGAGGAUGCCGUCUUCCGCGGGCGCAUCUCGAUGCGUCGCGGGUCCGAGCCGGCGUCAGGACUGACGUCACCCAAGGGGACGCCGGACAUUGAGGCGCAGCCGGCAGUGGCGCGCUGGACGCCGAAUGUGUUCGGCAACAGUGGUAGCGGCAUUGGCCCGACUGUGCUCGGUUCGCCGCGGCGGAUAGACACACCGAGCGCCAGCAACGGCGGUGCGGCGUACGAGCUGAUGGUACCCGGGCAGCCGCCGCGGAUCGCCGUCGCGCGCUGCGCCACGGGUCGCAGCUUGGCGCCCGCAGGUCGCGGCAGGGUCAGCCCGACCGGGCACGAAGGCUACACGGGCGUGCAAGUGCACAAGGAGGUCUUCCGCAUCACACACUGAACUUGCGGCGCAGGAGCGCACACGUUGCAUAUAUACAUGCGCCUUCCCUCCUCUCUUAUCCACACCACACCCUUCUGGACGGGCGGGGCGUCGGCUCAAGAGCAUGGGGAGGAAAGUUCGCCUCCGCCAUAUCGUUCUCUUCACUGCAAGCAUCUCGCGUCUGCAUCCGCUGCAAUGUUGCAUCCCCCUUUUCUCGCACGGCCCACAGUGCAGUAUAAAUAGAUACCAUGACAUGACCCACUUGCAGAGCGUGGCCACCGCUCGCCCUGCGAUCCAUCUAGUCAUUUCAUGUAUUGUAUUAGUUG